AUGGAUUUCAGUCAGUCGGCAGAGGAGCUGCUGACCAAGCUCGAUACCUACCGAGAGCAGCUCGCACAGGUUGAAGAGGCCUUGGAGCAGCAGCCGGAUGAACCAUCCCUGGUGAAGCUGAAGAAUGACCUUACAGAAGUCAUUGUGCUUACAGAGGAUUUGGUCAAGUACCAGGCGGCCGCCCCCACAGAGGCCGAGCAGGCGGCGGGUGCCGAGACAGCGGGCACCACGGGCCGCGCGAGUGUGGUGCCGCAGCCGACGCAGACCUCCCGUUCGGCUGCCAAGUCGGUGCAUACAGCGCUGGUGGGGCGCACCUGCGAGGCCUUCUUUGAGCAGAAGUGGUACAACGGAGAGAUCAAGUCCGUGCGCCGGGAUGAAAGGGGACAAGAGCGAGCCAUGGUGGAGUUCAUCGGCUUCUCCAACCAGCGUGAGUUCAAGGUCACAGACGUGAGGCUCUUGCGCCCGCCUCAUCCAGCUCAGUGCCAGCCCGGCACGCGAUGCCAGGCGAUCUUCCCAGAAGACGGCUUGUGGUACGAUUGCGUUAUUACCGAGCAGACAGAGAAGGGUUACAAGAUCACCUUCAUUGACUAUGGCAGCAAGGCAGAGGUGAAGUUUGACCAGAUCCGACUCCAGAGCACCGGCAAAGUCGGACAGCAGAAGCGCACCAUCAAGGAGGUGACGACGCCCGCUGGCUACAAGAUCCCCGAGAGCAUGCAGAUCGCGAAGACGGACACCGAAGACAUCAUUGAGGCGAAGAGAAGGAAAAUCACAGCCAUCAAAAAGCAACAGCGCAUGGACAAGCUGGAGACAGAGCAUGUCAAGCAGCAGGCAUCAUGGCAAAAGUUCUUCUACAAGAAGGCGAGUACCCGCAGCAAGUGCGGCUUCAUGUCCGGAAAGCCCAAGGAUAGCAUCUUCAAGGUGCCAGAUGCCCUGGAGGGCCGAGUGGGCUUCAUGAAUAGUGGACAGGAGAUGACCAAGUUCAACGAAGCCCGGAAGUUCACCUACCAAUACGUCUGA